GUAGUCAGACUGGUCACGUGACUCCAAAUUGGAACUUGCAACGCCCGUGAAAGAAGCCGCCGUUUACGAAAAGUUACGGCCGCGUGUGGACUCGUAAACAAGUGACAACCGUUCGCGAUGUUUGCGGAUUUCACAGUGACCGCCGCAUACAUUCCGUGUGAGGAUUAGCGUCCAUGAUUAGCGUCCUGCCAUGAGCCCGCCAAGACCAGGCGCCGGCGAAGGUUGCAUCUUGCUGCGGAGCGACAUCGUCUUCAAAGCCCUGCAACGGAAAGAUUCGGUGCUGUUCGACAAGCUGGUGCGACAUGGCUCGCUUUCCGGCUUCGUGCUGCCCGACUCGGACGACAACAUGACCCUGCUGCACCUCGUCGUGAGCGUGGACGAGUUCUCGUUGGAGUUUCUCGACAAGCUGCUGAACAGCGGGGCCGACCCGAACGCGGCGAACGCGGACGGUGUAACCGCCCUGCACAUCGCCGCGGCGUCGGGCAACGUGCACGCCCUGGAACGGCUCGUCGAGCGAGGUGGCGAUCCUUCACGUCGCGACCCCACCGGCAAGGACGUGUUCGAAAUCCUCGUCGAGAGCGAGCACUGGGACUGCCUCAGGAGAGUGAGGAAGCUGCUCGGCCCCACCGCCGAUGACCGCGACCAUCCGGAGGGGGCUACUCAGGUGAACGGGUCGCCGCAUCCCGCGCACGACUCGAAUGCUUCCAUUAUUUCCGACGUGGCGGCUGCCGGCGAUGAUGUGGACGUUUCGCCGCGCCUCUCUACUCCGUCCGACGGAAGCAGCGAUUCUGAGUGCCUUCUGAACACAGCUUACGUGUUCCCGCACCCUUACCUGUCCCCCGUGUACGUCGACGACAAGCGGGCCCGGGCCAGAAGACAUCAGAGAGGCAGCGACGGCUCUAAUAGUGCAGCAGACGGCUCUGGUAGUGCAGCAGACGGCUGCGAGGCCAGCCACACGGACGAGUCAGCGUGGCCGCGGACGUCCGAAUCCUCCUUUGAUGGCGGUAGCAGGAGCUACGCCGACGUCGCCCCCACCGAUUCCUCGUGGGCGUCUUCCAACUUGUCGCAGGAGCUGUUGCGACUUAGCGACGAGGAACUGCGGGAGCAGCUCGCCGCCUACUGCGGUCACGACGUCGGGCCGGUGCUCGACUCUAACCGCAACGUCCACCGGCACGCGCUGGCCCACUACCGUCUCGGCGCCCGUGCGCGCGUCAAGCUCGCGUCGACCGACUCGUCGUACGGCUCCGCGACGAAAGGAAACAAGGCCGUCUUAGUGCAGACUUGCGACUUCUGCGAGGUGCUCCACAGGGACCCCGAGUCCGGCGUCGUGCUCAAGGAGGAGCACUACCACUCGUCCUCGGAGGCCGAUUCGAGCGCCACCACGGGAGUGAGCAGCAGCGGUCCCGAGAACGACACCGUUGACGUUCCGCCGGAACUCGGAUGCCUCACGAACGAACAGAUACUCGCGAAGCUGAGGAGCCUGGGCGACGCGCCUGGACCGGUGACCGACGGUACGCGAUUGGUAUAUCUGAACCGGCUCGCCAGACUGCACUUGGGCCUGGUGACCCUCCACAAGUCCCGCGACGUCUUGUCGCCGGACGUCCACACCCUGGUGCUCAACGCGGGCAACUUGGAUGCCUACAGGGACUUGGAGGUCGCCAUGAUGAGCGACUUCGACACUCCCCGUCCCAACAGCUACUGGAGAGAGGGCAACACAAAGGGUUCCUUCACGUAUCUCCUCUUGGACACCAGAGUAACUCGAAACCUGCCUCUGAGGGCCCCCGGCUUGACACUGGCAGAGCGCAUGUCCGACUUCCUGAAGGCAGUCUUUUACGUCGGUAAGGGCAAGAGGUCUAGGCCGUUCAGUCACCUCUGUGAGGCAUUGCUCGUCCGUAAGGGUCUGGACAAGUCAUUGCAGAAGAAGGAGGCUGAGAAGACCCGCAAGAUCCUGCAGAUCUGGGACUCCAGGCACGGCGUGGUCUCGCUGCACGUCUUCCAGAACACACUGGCCGUCGAAGCGUACACGAGGGAAGCUUGCAUGAUCGACGCAAUUGGCCUACGCCGGCUGACAAAUCAAAAGAAAGGAGACGUGUACGGCGUCGUUCAAUCGUGGCACGAGAAGAAGCGGCGAAAGCUAGGAGCGUACCUUGUGUACAAGGCACUGAACAUAUUCCUUAGCGAAGGUGAGCGGCAUCUCGGACCGCUGGACCUGUGAUGCGUACUUUUUGGCAAUCAGCUGGGGUUCGGAUGCAGGCUCCAGUACCAAGCUGAGAACACCAGUGCCUUUUAAAUUCUCAUGUGACUUGAAAACAACAUGACGUAUAACUUUGUGUUGGACGUGAUUGUGUGCAACAGCACGAAGCAAGCUGCUGUCUUGGCAUAGUUUUUUUUUGUUGCUUUGCGAUUUUACCCUGGCAUAGUUGUGAAGAAAAAUAUUUAAGCUUUAUAAUUGUUUUAGAUUUUUAUACUGAUUUUAACAUGGUUUGCUACUAGAAUGUGCAAAUUCUGGCUGUUGUAGUCACAUCAGCGCAAAAUAUCUUCAUGCCGUCCAUUGUACAGCUUUUUUAUCGCUGUUGUGGGAUUUUUGAACCCCAUAGAUGUGCACGCUGUAAUUUGAUCAUCCUACCAUGAAUGUUUCAUGGCUGUUUCUGCAAGUCAGUUGCCAUCAAGUGUUUUACUGUGGCCAACACACAUUAAAGAUUCAUUUUACAUGUUA